AAGCACGCCAAAUUUGGGAGAUAUCAAGUACACGAACAUGACCUCCUUGAACAAGUAGCCCAUAACUGCCACCCGACACGCCCUAGCUCCCUCGCAUACUACUACACACUGUCUAGAUAUUCUCAAUAGCCGACAGAACCCACAAUCUAGCCGACAUGCCAUCUUUGAAGCAGACAGUCCUCUUCUUACCCCUAGCAGCUCUCGUCGCCGCCCGCCCGGUCACAGUCCAUGUCUCGCCGACGUCUCCAACAACCCCCACCUCCCCCAUAUCUCCCGAGGUACAACAGCACCUAGAUACUGUCGAUGUCGAGAGCAUCGCAAGUGUUCUUCAGGGUAGCAAAAGGGAGAAUGGCCACUACGCAUCUUACACGCAAACUCCGCUAACCCAUGUCCAGAAUUCUCUUGAUCGCCGGGCUGACGACAAGCAGAAAGGAAGCCUGCGCGUGAUAACCCAGCUGGGCUCGGGCUCCGAUGCGAUUUCACCGCCAAACUCCCCCGAAGGGGAGGGAGGCCGUUCCCCCCAGAAUAAGUAUCCUCUGGCGGUCUCACCACUCUCGCCCGCGCCUUCGGAUAGCCUCGAGACUAAUCCGUUCAACCCAAACACUGACAGUAAGAAGUAUUGGGAGCAUGCCAGCAAGCAGGCCAAGGCAAUGAAGAAAGAGUCGGAGGUCAAGGCCAAACAGGAAGCCGAGAAGAACCAGAAGCUCGGGGCCGGGAAGCGUCUGGAUCCUGCCAGAAAGGAGCAGCUAGAGGCCCAGAAAAGGAAACAGCUGGAGGCUGAGAGAAUGAGACCGAAGCUUAACCUCAUGGACCAAGCAUGGCGAAACAAGAUUGAUCAGGCCGGGGGCCAGGGGAACCAAGAAGCCGCAGCUAACAACCUACGAGUCAAUGUCAACCAGAACGGGAAGGCGACCAAGAGAUGAUCGCCAGUCAGCAUGGACGAAUGAAGGUAAUGCGAAUUGUAUCCAUCCCACAUUCCAUAUCCUCGCGAAUAGUUC